GUUACAAAUCAACAUCACUUGCUUACGGGAAUUUCCAUACACCGUUAUAAUAUAGAUCGGUGCAGCAGCGGUGUUACGUUCAGUAAUCAGUACAAACACAAACGCGUUAUGAGCAAGUUCUCUGUUUUGUUUUUUAUAUUUUUUUUCGUUCUAAAACUCUGCAAUGAGGUCAAUGGCGGUUGUAACAUAACACUGAAAGAUGACUUGGGACAUCCUUCCCCGGUGUAUAUCCACAACGGCGGCUUUUUGGCGCCAAACUCAUCGACGGGCGCCAUCUUACUGCGUCGUUCGGAAACGCUGGAGAUCGCGUGCCCGGGCAACAAGAAGUUCAUUGUCUUGGGCAACGAUACCACGCAGUAUGAUGUUUUCACUGUAAAAUGUGUGAAGGACUCUACAUUCCGAGCUACGAAAACAGAGUGGGUGGGGAACCUCAAGGAUAUUAGAUGUAGCGCCCCCCCAUGGUUCACAACUGAGGAGACAGGAGCUGGCUGUUCUCGUGGACAUAAGAUGUACAGAAUAGGCUACAAGAUUGGAAGCAAGUUUCACGAACUCUACGAAGCAUGUUUUGACAAGCAUCUUCUGCGUACACUGUACGUCAAGCAGCAGCUGAAACCGGAAAGUAAAUUCAUUGAAUUAGGACGUCGACCAUCCUUUAUAGAAGGAGAUGUGUUCGGCCAAGUGAGAAUGUCGAAACUGUACAAAAUUGAAAAUCAAAAGAGCAGACUGAGGGAAAUCCUCGGGAACGGCACUGAAGACAAAUACAUCACCAAGGCGCAACACCUAAACCGCGGUCACCUAGCAGCGAGAGCCGAUUUUCCAUUGCGCGCACAACAGAAGGCGACCUUCCACUACAUCAACACGGCACCGCAAUGGAUGCGCGGCAACGCUGGCGACUGGGCCGCCUUAGAAGAGGCAUUGCGCCGCCGAGUGCACGCAUACGGGAUGCCUGUGACGGUGUACACAGGCACCGCUGGCGUUAGCACGCUGCCUGACGCCGGCGACACAUAUAGGCAGAUAUACUUGCACGCUGACGAGAACAACAACCGCAUUGUGCCUGUGCCAAUGUAUUUUUAUAAGAUUGUAUACGACCCUACGAAACAGACCGCAGCGACGUUCAUAUCAAUAAACUCCUCAUAUUACAAUAACACUAUGAUAGAGAAGUUGCAGUUUUGCAGCGACAUCUGUGAGCAGAACCCGAAGUAUGCGUGGUUAAAAUGGCGCCCAAGAGACGGCACCCAUAGCUUUUGCUGUCAAUAUGAUGACUUUGUAAAAACUGUAAAGGAUUUGCCUAAACUAUAUGUGAAAGGCUUAUUUUAUUAACAUACCAGAGGAUGUCUUUCUGAUAAUUUUUUUUUAUUUAUAAGAAGUUUUCUGUAGUGUGUUAAAGUUGUGAUUUGAAAAGCGUUGAUAUGCACGAUAAAGAAACACAGUGUAUAGAAUUAAGCCGGCGAAAGAAUGAGAUAGAAUACUUUACACAUUUUGUUUACUACAAUGUUAAGUGUAUAAUAUGAAAUAUUACUUUCCAUUAAAAUCACAAAUCUUUUUCCUUAUUCUUUUCCGUAGAAAAAGGCAAAGGUAUAUCACCCUACAGCCAUUAAAACUAAUAUUUAUUCUUAUAUUCCUGUAACGUAUCAAUCAUCAAUGCUCCUGAUACUCUUUAGCCAUCUCAAUCUAUCAUAGCUUACUUUUCAGAAGUUUUACUUCUGCAUUUUAAGAGUUGCACAGGAUUUAUUGCCGGCCACCCUGCGUGCCGCCAUACUCCUAUUUCAACUUACACUUUUAAGCGAAACAUUACCUUGAUAAGUUACACACUAUUUGUCCUAAUUACUUUGUGUGUUCUUUAUAAAUGUAUCAGAAGCGAUAGUUGUUUAUUUUGAUAGGAAUUAAUUUAGUACUAUAAAAUGUGCAUUGUUAAUAGAGUAUCCAAUUUAAAUGUUUAUAUUGUUAACCUUUUUGGUUGAUGGACACAUGUAGGCAA